AUGGGUGUGAUGGUUCGUAUUCGGAAGCAGCAGCACAAACUGAAGCGUUUCAUGCGGUUUAAGUACCUGAGUCCUGUCCUCACCAUCGUCUCUGUCACACUACUGCUCUGGACGUACAAGUGGGUGGACAUUCAAGAUCUGCUCUCAUCCGCUGAAGGAAAACUGCCUCUAGUGGCCGUUAGUGGGACGAAGACGCUGCUGAUGUCAGCGUAUCUGGACCGCCGCUCAGGCCAACGAAAGGUCCGGGUUCUAACAGUUGUGCUGAGAAACGAAACCGUGGAAUAUCGCUGCCUCCUCUGUUGCCAGGGGCAACCAUACGUCUCCAUGGGCAACAGCAGCAUCCACUUUGAGCACUUUGGAUUUCCAUAUGGGACGGCGGACAUCAAGUGUCCUCUGCCCUCGGGCUGUGAGAAGCCGUCUCACAUCGCUGUGACCGCUGCUGAAGCUGAAGAUGAGGGUUUGGUGUUUUUGGAAGUACAGAACCAAAACAUCAGGAAUAUCUUCAAGCACGACUUCACUGUCUGCUUUUCCACCAUGUUUGAUUUCACCAACGUACUGCAGUUGGUGCAGAGUUUGGAGAUGCUGCAGCUACUCGGCGUGAGCAAUGUUGUUAUAUAUAAGACAAGCUGCAGCCCUGACGUCCAGCGGAUACUGGACUACUACACAAACACAGGUUUAGUGGAAGUGAUUCCGUGGUCCAUAUCCCGGUAUGUGAACGUUUCUCGAGGCUGGCUCCCAGAACAUGGACCAGGUGAUCUCCACUACUUCGGCCAGAUUCCUGUCCUCAAUGACUGUCUGUACAGAUACAUGUACCAGACCAGAUACCUGGCUCUACAUGACAUUGAUGAGCUCAUAAUACCCCAGACUGUCAAGAGCUGGUCACAGUUGUUGCCAAAGUUGGAAAGGAAAUACGGGGCUGACCUGUGCUUCAUGUUUGAAAACACCGUGUUCCCCAACAGCGUCAUACUGCCUCCUCCGGCCUCCCGAAAAACUCUGAGCUCACUGACCAACUUCUCCUCCACCUGGCAGGGUGUAACCGGGGUCAACUUUCUGGCUCACCUGUACCAUGGACUAAACAAAGCAAAGCAAAAGCAAAACUUUAAGAUCAUCAUCAGUCCCAGAGCUGUGUUCUCUGUCACUGUCCACGGGGUGCAGAGGUCAAAAAAACGAUGUGUUUGGGUUGACAGAAAAACAGCAAUUUUACACCACACAAGACCUCCACCGGAAAUGGGGUUGGCAUCAGUCCAUCUGUACUAUAACAGUCGGUUGCUCCACUACAGUUCCCGUCUCAUCCCUGCUGUCAGUACUGUGCUAAGAAACACUGGAUUCAUCCCAGAGGACAUCAACAAAAACCUGUAGACUGAAAGAAAGUUUUGCACAUUAUACUGUAUAUUAAACAGGAAGAAACUGUUUUUGGAUAAUUUAUGCAUUAUUACAAUUAGGAAGAAUAAAUGUUGGUGACAAUAAACAGGUUGAG